ACCAUCGGCAUGAGAGGCAGCAGUAUCUAACAGCCAACAUGAAGUUCCUGAUCAUCGCCGCUGUGGCCGCCGUGGCCGCCGCCGUCCCCCAGGGAUACGGCGCCCCCCCACCUCGCUACGAUUCCAGCGAGGAGAUCGCCAUCUUGAGGGACGAGCGCGUGAUCGAGGACGACGGAAGGUACAACUUCGACAUGGAGACUGCCAAUGGCAUCAAGGUGUCAGAGCACGGCACUCUCGGAGAGAAGGGAACCAUUAACAGCGCCGGUUCCUUCUCAUACACCGCUCCUGACGGCACUGACGUCCAUCUCCAAUUCGUUGCUGACGAGAACGGCUUCCAGCCUCAGGGCGCCCACCUGCCCGUGGCCCCCGCGUUCCCCCACCCGAUCCCUCAGUUCGUCCUCGACCAGAUCGCCUUCGCCGCUGAGGAGGACGCCCGUAAUGCCAAGAGACCCUCAGCCACCUAUGGCGCCCCUCAGAACAAAUAUAGUCAUGACGGUAAUUCCUAUGCAUUGAUCCUUGCCGCUCUGGCCGCCGUGGCCGCCGCAGACACACAAGGAUAUGGCGCUCCCCCGCCUCGCUAUGCCUCCAGCGAGGAAAUCGCCAUCUUGAAAGACGAGCGCGUGAUCGAGGAUGACGGAAGUUACAACUUCGACAUGGAGACUGCCAACGGCAUCGUGGCAUCAGAGCACGGCACUCCAGGAGAGAAGGGAGCCAUCAACAGCGCCGGAUCCUUCUCAUACACCGCUCCUGACGGCACUGACGUCCACCUCCAGUACGUUGCUGACGGAAACGGCUUCCAGCCUCAGGGCGCUCACCUGCCCGUGGCCCCCGAGUUCCCCCACCCAAUCCCUGACUUUGUCCUCGAGCAGAUCGCCUUCGCCGCUGAGGAGGACGCACGUAACGCCAAGAGGCCCUCCGUUGGUUACCACUUCCAGCCUCAGGCCUUCCACCUAUUAGUGUCUCCUGAGUUCCCCGACCCAAUGCCUUUGUUCGUCCUUGAUCAUUGGGCAAAGGCUGCAGAGAAGGAUGCCCGCAAUGCCCAGAUGCACUCCUUUGAUAAUCAUCUCAUGCAGCAGUCUCUAAACAACAUGAAGUUCCUGAUCAUCGCCGCUCUGGCCGCCGUGGCCGCCGCAGACACACAGGGAUACGGUGCUCCUCCGCCUCGCUACGGCUCCAGUGAGGAAAUCGCCAUCUUGAGGGACGAGCGCGUGAUCGAGGACGACGGAAGGUACAACUUCGACAUGGAGACUGCUAACGGCAUCGUAGUGUCAGAGCACGGCACUCCCGGAGAGAAGGGAGCCAUCAACAGCGCCGGAUCCUUCUCAUACACCGCACCCGACGGCACCCCCAUCACCCUGCAAUUCGUAGCCGACGCCAACGGAUUCCAGCCCCAGGGCGCCCACCUGCCCGUGGCCCCCGCGUUCCCUCACCCGAUCCCUCAGUUCGUCCUCGACCAGAUCGCCUUCGCCGCUGAGGAGGACGCCCGUAAUACCAAGAGGCCUUCAGCUACCUACGGUGCCCCUCAGUAAUUGUAUUUUUAUAGUAAGACUUUGUAUAUAUAAGAAUAUUUAUACUAGAAUAAAAUAUUUAUUG